GUUUUGAAGAAGUAGUCUCAUUUUAGCCAUGGCAUGAUUUCCCGACUCAAAAUAUCAACAUAGAGUAUUUCAGCUCCACGGGUGACGGUACUGAAUAUAAGUGCAAUCUUCAGCAGUCAAGGUUGUUAGAAUUGUUGGUACACUAUGGCAAGUUUAAGGAACUCAGCAUCUGCCUGUGUUCGUCUGCUAACUCCGCCUCCUGGCCAGGUCAGUGCUAGUGGACGAUGGAGGACAGCAUCGCCUGACCGGUGGCGUCGAGGGAAUGAUACACUUUGUGGAUGUCAGGAAAUGAGCACAAUGCAACAGAUAUACCACAACCACACAGACAGUAAGAACGGUGAUCAGAAAGAUGAAAAUCACAAAAAAGAAACCAAAACCAAAUCAUAUAUGGAUUCACUAAAAGAACAAAUCAAGUAUUUGGAGAAGGUUAAAGACAAUAUUGCAAGCAGUUUGUCAAAUGUAGGCUUGAUGAAUGCUGUUGUUCCAACCAGAUUUGCUGAUGAAUUUCAGAAGUAUGUUCCAUUUCCUACCAAGUUGAGAGAAAAAGUUGAGAAGGAUUUACAAGAAAGUAUAGAGGAACAGAAAGCCCAGUUAAAAAACUUGGAGAAACGGGUUAAACACAAGAUGAUGGCACAUGAACUUAAGGACCCAGUGACAAAGGAGCAACAAUCAUUUGAAAGAGCAAUGCAAGACACAAAUGAAAGUAUAGUGAAAUUUUAUGACACUUUAGAUACUACUGACCCUAACUCUCUAAACAAACCUGGUGUCAAAGCAAAGACAGUUAAUGAAGAUGAUCUCAUGACAAGUAUUUUCAAAAAUGUGUGGCCUGUUAACAAAGCUGUCAAAGAUCCGGAUGACUCAUCGUCUGUGGUUAAAAAGAAGCCACUGGUGCAGAGAGAUUUUGUUUCAAAAACUGCAAUAGACAGUCGGACACGAGCACUCGUAGAAGGAAUCAAAACUGCGUCUACAUUACAGUCAAAGUUACGCAGGACGGAGGACUUUUGCAGACAUAUCCUUCAGUACCCAAACGCAAGAUUUACAGCUACCAAGGACAAAGUCGUGCCCUACCUGUUGAAGUUUCGAGGUAGCCAGGAUGAGGCAUUGUCAUGCCAGGCGAACCAGGCAUUGGUUCAGAUUGGCUAUGUGGACCCGGUGAAGGGACAGGGAAUCCGGAUGCUGACCAUCGAUGGAGGGGGAACCAGGGGUCUGCUUGCAAUCGAGUGCUUGAAGAAGCUUGAAGAAGCCUGCCAGACAGACAUCCGGGACAUGUUCGACUAUGUAUGCGGGGUGAGCACGGGGGCGCUGGUCGCUGCCAUGGUGUUCCUGUACCGCGUUCCUCUGGACGAGUGUGAAAUCCUGUACAAGGACUUCAGUCAACAGAUGUUCACCAGGAACAGGGUCCUGGGAACCAGUAAACUUGUCUGGAGUCACGCUUUCUACGACACCGAGGCUUGGGAGAACAUACUCAAGAAGGAACUGGGGGAACAGAUGAUGAUUGAGUUUGCCAAAGACAAGCAACUACCAAAGUAUUCAGGGAUGUCCACUCUGAUGAAUGUGCCAAAGUUGAAGAACUUCAUAUUUCGAAACUACAACCUGCCACCCCAGUCUUACUCUCGCUACCCCGGCGGAUGCAGGCACUCCAUCUGGGAGGUGAUCCGAGCUUCAUCAGCAGCGCCAGGCUACUUCGAGGAGUUCAAGCAUGGGGACUAUGUCCAUCAGGAUGGUGGUCUCAUGACAAACAAUCCCACAGCUAUUGCCAUUCAUGAAGGUCGACUGUUGUGGCCCAACGAGUCAAUUCAGUGUGUUAUUUCAAUCGGCACUGGUCGAUACGAGCCUGCCAUGGAACUCCUUUCUUCUAAGCUCGCUCUCAAAGACAAAGUGAUGAAAAUCGUGGACAGUGCCACAGACACCGAAGCUGUCCACUCCAUCCUCCACGAUCUCCUACCUCAGAACACAUACUACAGGUUCAACCCCUACCUGUCCGAGUACUUCUUGCUGGACGAGAUCCGGCCAGAGAAGAUCGACCAGAUGAUGCAGGAAACACAACUGUACCUGCGGAAGAACGAUGUCAAAAUUACCAAAGCCAUCAACCAACUGUCAAAACCAAGAAGGCCGCAUCAGCGUGCUGCUGACUUGAUUCGAAAGACUGCUGACAGCGUGAGAGCGUGAGAAUGUGAGAGUGAUGAACAUCUUGUAAGGCUGUGAUUUCUCCAAUUGAGGCAUUACUUUUGGACUAUGUUGAGAAUGAGAGAAGAUGUGGUCAAGUUAGGGAAGGAUGGAAGGUGUGACAGAAGAUCAUUUAUGGCGAAUUAUUUAUUUGUUUGUCCUGUAUGCUACAGGAAUUUCUCCUGUUUCAUGACAAUUGUAUAGAAUCAGGGUCUCAUUUGUCUGAAGAGUGUCCAACAGGUAUGAAGUUGGGGUCUGGACACCAAGGAAAUAACGUUGCUUUUUUGCAGCUAGACUGAAAUGAAAGCACUUUGAACACUGUUGAAUGAACAUUCGUAAUGUCUUUCUUUCUUUUUAAGGCCAUUAUUUGUUUUCUGUUGUAUCACAAUUUUGUUCUGCUUGGGUACGAGGUUGGACAAACAUGUCUGAGGGAGGGAGGGGGUGUCUCCUUCACUUAAUUGGGAUGCAUUUUCUGUCAACUUUUGAUAGGACAAUCGUACGCUCUGUGGCAACUUGAAUUAUACACUCAUUGGACCAGUGAAUUGUAACUCGGUGAUAUUUGGAGGAAUGGUAUCAGGAGGUAAUUCUCAGCUUGUUAUGUGUUCACUAGAUCAGACAGGCAAUGCAAGACAGCAGGCAUUUUUACAUCAGGAUAUUCUAAUGUUUAGUAUUCUUUAUAGAAUUGUAUUUUAUACAACAUUUUGAAAAUUGUAUGGAAUUUUAGAUUGUAUUGGGUUUUUUUAAAUGAAUGUCUACAAACAGGACUUAAACUCAGUAAUGCUCAUUGAAAAGUCAUUUCCUCAUUCCAUGCCAGGCCUGACCAGCACAUAUGUGACUCCUACCAUGCUUGGCUAUUUGCCGAAUAAACACAAUUUUGUCUGAUUGAAUAUACAUAAUUUGCUGCACUGAAAAUUAGCUGAGAAGGAAUUUUGAUGUGUAGCUCAGAAAUAAUUUGAGAAUGGUGUACAACUAAAUAUUUUUAAAGGGUAUAACAAAAUUAUCAUCUUAAAAUUAAGUGACCUGAUGAGUGGUUUCUGGCAUUUAUCUGGUAGACCAGUAUUUGCUGAGUAGUAUGUGGUAUAUUCAAUGACAGGUUCUCCACAAAUUCUUCCUCGAUGUGUAUUUUACUUGCUUCUUGUCCUCAUUCCAGCAGUGAAGCCUGCUGUUAUAGUAGCACAUUAACUUACUCAGGAAACAGAUAGUCAAUGUGUCUUUGGUGAACAUGCAGAUAUAUACUCUUUUUACAUAUUUGUAUGUGAGUUUUUAAGUGAACUGCAUUUAUAUUGGUGCUUUUUUUUAAAUAUUGGAAAAUAUCUACAUUAUACAACAGUGCUUCUAUGACUUGUGGUGUACCUACCGGUGGCUUUAUCCAGAUCUAGAUGUGGUCAAAAGUGUUAUUUUACACACUGUGUACAUGUUUUAGUUGAUGCAUAUGAUGUAUAUCCAUACUUGAAGUUGAACCUCUCUACUUGCCAGUACUUGGUACCAUACAAACAUGACCUUGUGACCUUCAUGAAUAUACAUGAGGUAGGGUCCACAUUUUUGCAGGGGGAGAUUGGUUCAAUCACCUGAAGCUAUCAUUCUUCACAACUUGCCCUUUUCCAUAACCUGAAAGUAUGGCUUGACUCCUAUCCACCUAUGUUUAAUGUAUGAAGACAUGAGACAUCAAUAAGAAUGUGUGUAUAUCUCAGGUACUUUGGGAAAGGAAUCUAUUCAAUCUGUUGCUUAUGGGUGUAGUUUGUAAAAUAUACCAAAUUGGUAUGGUGAAACAACUGUCAUAAUCAAUUUGGUAUAUUUUACUGUCAUAAUCAAAGAACAGGUGGUUGUAAAUGGCUACCGUGUUACAAUUGGAAAAUAUCCAGGUAUACAAACAAAGGUGGAUGUGCUACGACCAGUAAUCUAUAUUUUUCUCUAUGCCCGUCUGCUUGAAGACAGAACCAAAUUGAUGAAAUGGGACAUGAGAGGUGCUCGAUUGCUGGAGCAUUAUCUUACAGUGAGACACAUUCUCUCCCUGCAAAAGCAGACAGCUUCUCAUCUUCCGUAAUCUGCAUGGUACCCACUUUCCAGAAUGCAUAUCUACAAGACAUUGUGUUGACACGGGUCUGCAUUAUAAGCUGAAGGAAGAGAGUAAUGCUAGGGCUUGGACGAUACACCCACUGUGCAAUCUGAUGUUUCACGAUACCUUGCUCACGAUGCAUGUGCAUUUUCUUCUUGACAGGAUGGCCAAAUACCUGGCACACUAACGAUUUACAGUUGGCAGUGUCAAGUAUUGCACAAUAUUCAAAUUUUUACUACUCAUUUUCACUAGGAAUUAAUGUUGGGUGUAACAUUUAUUAAAGAGUGUGUUUAGGGUAAGAAUCGAUACUUCUUACUUAGUGUGUGAUUGUGAUAGAUACUUCUAUCGAGAAGUAAAAAAUCGCGAUGCACUGAUGCAAUAGUGUAUCAUCCCAUUACUAAGUAAUACCCUUACGAUGUAUGCUUGACCUCUCUUGGUAACUGUUACAGUGUUGUGAAGUAUUUCAACUAUGCAGUUUUGUUUUGUUUUCGAUUCUAUUUUGUCUUUUACGACAACGAUUUCCCUUCAUGUUUCAUUGAGUGAGUUUUCUUGGCACAAUAAGAGUAUUUUUUACCAUCCCAAUACUGGUUGGUUCUGUUCCUGUCUGUUUUGUAAUUUUAACUGUCAUUAGUUCUUUGUUUUCCUGAUUGUUAUUUGUGCUACUGAUAUUUGUUUGUUAAUCAUUGGUUGUUUUAUUGACAAGAGAAAUACAAAGUAAAGCAUAUCACAGAUUGUACUUUGAUCUAAAGCCUCUGAAAUGUUCUCAGUAGAGUGAACCAUCUAAAGCCUCUAAAAUGUUCUCAGUAGAGUGAACCAUCUGAAGCCUCUAAAAUGUUCUCAGUAGAGUGAACCAAAAUGGGAACAAGCAUCUUACAACUGGUACACACAAGCUUCUAGUACUACUGAAACCACAGAACUUGGACGACCACCUCCACCACCAUUACAACACUCACAACCAUCACAACAACCACAGAAACUACCAAAACCAACACUGCAGAAACUACCACAAUUGACACCAACACCACAGUAUCUGCCACUACCACCAAAACCACACAAACUACCACUACUGACACCAACACCCCACAAACUACCACCAACAUCACAGAAAGUACCACUACAACUACAAAAAUCAGUGCAACAAGCAUGGCAAGACGCACAUCACAAUUAAGACUCUAUCACGCAACAGGAACAACCUCCACACACUAAACCCGGCAUGCCCACAACCACUAACUACAGAAGUCCAAACACCAUCCACAAGUACCACACACCACCACACCCUCAUCAAAACAAGCUUUUAUUGUUUUUUGUUUACAAUAAGAUAUGAAUGUUCUUGUUCCUGUUGUCAGUUCACUUGCAGCAGUUGGUAACUGAUAUUGUUUGUGUGGAACAAGCAUGACACCUUCUGAUCCUGGUGAAUACCAGGUUCUACCUGUGUGUUGAUGUAGUCAUGAUUUAGAGCCAUUUACUAGGAGUUAAUGGAUGUCUGGAAGCUAUGCAUUUUUACCUCCAGUUUACUGUUUUGUGCAGUCUUAAAAAUACUCUUGAAGCUAAAUCUACCCUGUGCCAUUCAACAAUCUUGCUGCAUGUAAUCAUGUGCACUCAUAGUAAUAAAUAUGUUUACAUCUA